CCAUAGGAGAGCUUUCAUCCUUGAAAAUUUUAUAUCUCUCUCAUAACAAAUUCAAAGGAAACCUUCCUAAGUUAUUUGGUCAACUUUCCAAUUUAGAAGAAGUUGAUAUAUCAAAUAAUUUUUUGGAGGGUACUUUUUCUGAGAAACACCUUUUUAACCUCACAAAAUUGUUAGUUUUGAUUGCAAAUGGGAACCCACUGAUUUUGAAGGUUGAUCCUGGUUGGAUUCCUCCUUUUCAAAUUCAAAGGUUGGAAUUAAGAUCUUGGCAUUUAGGACCACAAUUUCCACCUUGGCUUUCUUCUCAAACACACCUAACAUAUUUAGAUAUCUCAAACUCUGGAAUAACAAGUACAAUCCCUAAAUGGUUUUUGGACUUCUCUCAUCAUUUGAGAUAUUUGAAUCUCUCUCAAAAUCAGAUUCAUGGGCAACUUCCAAGUAUUUAUAGCUUUAAUAAUCCAAUAUCUCCAAUCUUCUUCUAUUCGAUUAUCUUAGACCUUUCCCAUAAUCUCUUCUCAGGUUCCCUUUUCAACUUUUUAUGUCUUGGGGUCAAUGAAACCACAUAUCAAAUGUAUAUUCUCAAUCUUGGCAACAAUUUUUUGUCUGGAGAGUUACCAGAUUGUUGGUCCAAUAUGCCAUAUUUAGAGGUCAUUGUAUUAGAAAAUAAUAGAUUUACUGGUAAAAUUCCGAGCUCUGUAGGAACUUUACAAUUCCUUAGAUCAUUGCAUCUUCGUAAAAAUAACCUUUCAGGAGAAAUUCCUAUGUCCAUAAGUAAUUGUACAACUUUGAAAACCCUUGAUUUUGGUGAAAAUGAAUUGGUUGGGAACAUCCCGCCAUGGAUGGGUCAUAAUCUUUCACACUUGACAAUCUUGAGCCUUCGUUCAAACAAGCUUUCAGGGUAUAUACCUAGAGAGUUGUGUGCACUCAAUUUUCUCCAUGUCUUGGAUGUUGCUCAUAAUAAGCUUUUGGGAAACUUACCAAGUUGUGUUGGUAACUUAAGUGCCAUGGUUUAUUCUAUAAAUGGCUUAUUUGACAACUACAUUUACUAUGGCACACCAAAUUAUUUUAUUGAGAAUUUAUUUCUUAUGGUGAAAGGCAACUUUUAUGAAUAUGAUCGGACUCUUAAUUUGGUAAGAGUCCUUGAUUUGUCAGAUAAUAGCUUAUUUGGAGAUAUUCCUUGGAAAAUAACUAAGCUUCAGGGGUUACAAUCGCUAAAUUUGUCACACAACCAUUUCACCAAAAGGAUCCCUCCAAAUAUUGGUGACAUGAGUUCACUAGAAUCUCUUGAUCUUUCUGUAAACAAAUUACUUGGGCCAAUCCCUGAAAGCAUGUCCAAAUUGUCAUUUCUAAGCUACUUGAACCUUUCUGACAACCAUUUGACUGGAAAAAUUCCUUUAGGUACUCAGUUACAGAGCUUUGAUGCAUCUAGUUAUGCUGGAAAUGAACUUUGUGGCCUUCCACUAAUGAAGAACUGCAAUGAAGUUAAUCAAAGAGUACUUGGCACUGGAAACAAUGUGGAGAAAGAUACGGAUGGAGAUAAAGUAAAUUGGUUGUUUGUUAGCAUGGCAAUUGGAUUUAUUUUUGGAUUUUGGAGUGUAUUGAGUCCUCUUGUGAUUAGUAGGCAAUGGAGGUAUGCAUACUAUCGAUAUUUGGAUGAGAUGUGGUGGAAAAGUCUCUCAUUAUGUGUGUAGAUUUGUCUAAAAUCUUAUGUAGUUUUCUUUACAAGUGUAUUUAUGUUCAUGUUCUUGUGAUAUAUUACAAAGCAUCACCUCUCCGCUUUUCAGCAACUUUGUUUUGCUUUUUUGUUAUCCAUAAUGAAGAAUAUAUAAGAAA